CGGAUGCAGGGUUGGACUCGGUGAGCGUGAAUUCAAGCGCAAACUCCUCGUUCACCCGCAACGCGACUUGUCAGGCAUUCACCCCCGGCUCCUCCUCCUCCUCCUCCCGCAGCUCCCGCGUUUCACCGCCGUCUGCAUUUCAGUUUAAAUGUGAAAAGGCGUCGUUCGGCGAAGCUCACUGCAUUUCAUCAGCGUCUCCGUUCAGCCGGGCGGGUACCGGGCCGGGCGGGCACUGUACUGUACUGUACUGUACUGUGGCAAAUGGACGGUGCAGUGUUGCUGAGCUGCUCACUGAACAGGACGGCAGGCAACAUGGUGAACAUCCCAGAAUACUACGCAGGGAAGAAUGUGCUCAUCACCGGGGCAACGGGUUUCAUGGGCAAGGUGCUGCUGGAGAAGCUGCUGAGGUCGUGCCCUGAGGUCAAGGCUGUGUACGUGAUGGUCCGGUCCAAAGCCGGCCAGAGUCCCCAGGCUCGCAUCGCCGACAUGAUCAACUGCAAGUUGUUUGAGAAGUUGCAGGACGAGCAGCCGGGCUUCGCGGAGAAGAUCGUCGCCGUGAGCAGCGACCUCACGCUGCCGGAGCUGGAUCUGAGCAAAGAGGAUCAGAGCGUCCUGGCCGAAAAGGUCAACAUCGUCUUCCACUGCGCCGCCACCAUCCGCUUCAACGAGCCGCUCAAGGACGCGAUGCAGCUGAACGUCCUGGCCACCCAGAAGAUGCUGGCGCUGGCCCACACGAUGAAGCACCUGGAGAUCUUCCUCCACGUCUCCACCGCCUACGCCAACUGUGACCGGGAGCUGAUCGAAGAAGUCGUCUACCCUCCCCCCGUCGACUACCGCCGACUCAUCGACACUCUGGACUGGAUGGACGACGACCUGGUGUCGACGCUGACCCCCAAGCUGAUCGGGAAGCGUCCCAACACCUACACCUACACCAAAGCCCUGGCCGAGUAUCUGGUGCAGCAGGAGGCCGGAGACAUGAACGUCGCCAUCAUCAGACCCUCCAUCGUCGGAGCCAGCUGGAAGGAGCCCUUCCCAGGUUGGAUUGAUAAUUUCAACGGACCCAGUGGAAUAUUCAUUGCCGCCGGGAAGGGGAUCCUGCGCACGAUGAGGGCGUCCAACGACGCGGUUGCCGAUCUGGUGCCUGUGGACGUGGUCAUCAACGCCACGCUGGCUGCUGCUUGGUACUCUGGAUCCCAGACGGGCAACAGGACUAAAAACAUCCUGGUGUACAACUGCACCACCGGUGGGAUCAACCCGUUUCGCUGGGGCGAAGUCGAGUACCAUGUAAUAUCCACAUUCAAGAGGAACCCCCUCGAGCAGGCCUUCCGUCGGCCCAAUGUAAAUCUCACAUCCAAUCACCUAAUCAAUCAGUACUGGAUCACCGUGAGCCACAAGGCUCCGGCGUUCCUCUACGAUCUGUACCUCAGGCUGAUUGGACGAGAGCCCAGGAUGAUGAAGACGAUCACCCGCCUCCACAAAGCCAUGAUGGUCCUGGAGUACUUCACCAGUCACUCCUGGGCGUGGAACACCGACAACGUGGCCAUGCUGCUGGCCCAGAUGAGCCCCGAGGACAAGAAGGUGUUUAACUUUGAUGUGCGUCAGCUGCACUGGGCAGAGUACAUGGAAAAUUACUGUAUGGGAACGAAGAAGUACGUCCUGAACGAGGAGCUGUCGGGUCUUCCCGCCGCACGGAAACACCUCAACAAGCUCCGGAACAUCCGCUACACCUUCAACACCGUCCUGGUGGUGCUCAUCUGGCGCGUGUUCAUCGCCCGGUCCCAGAUGGCCAGAAACAUCUGGUACUUCGUGGUGAGCCUCUGCUUCAAGUUCCUCUCCUACUUCAGAGCCUCCUCCACCAUGAGAUAGUGAGCCGGCGACGGGAUGGAGGGAAAGAAGACACACGGAAAGAACGGAAGGAGCUGGAGCUCAAAGCCACUCAACGCGACACCACGUUUACAUUCACACUCCCAGAUUUAAAAUGGAACCAUGAAAAAAACCCACCUCAGACACGGACAAAGCUUCUGGCACAUCUCGGAUAAUCUCGAGGGCGUGGAUUCAUCUCACAACGUUCCAACGCUCACGCUAACGGGACUAGCAUCAGGACCACUGGUCCCGACUCAGUCCCUUCCCGGUCGCUCCGGGUCCGUCUCUGGUUUUCAGCUUUACUCCAGAGCACUUCCUGUAAAAAGCUGUGCCCCACCCCCUCUUGGCCUGGCUGCUGCUCGCUCGUCUGCAAAACAAAAGCUAUGCACUGGAUGAUGACGCUCCGCUGCCACAAUCCUCCGCUGGUUUUGAGUCGGUCCCGUUUUUCUGUAAAUGUGUUUCUUCUCAACUCUUUUUUUUUGUUUUUUUCUUCUCCCUUUAAGUUUGUGUGUGGAUCCCUUGAGGUUUACGGAGAUGUUCUCAAAAUCUAUUCAAACAUCUGUAAAACGCACGGGUGAAGGACGAAUCCUUCGUGACUAGGCGAAGGCUUCCUCGAGGACAGGUUUACCGAUUGUUUCGUCUCCGUCUUGUUCUGUCAACACCAAAGCCAUUUCAAUGGAUGGUCAUGACGGUUGCACUUGUACCUUUUGGAGUAACGAUGAACCCUGCGUUGCCCUUCUCUCCCAACAGCCAUUUCCCCUCAACACCCUCAACGAUACUUCCCCCCCUGUAGUUCCCUCAUCGACUGCGGUGGCUGGUUCCCUGAUUUUCGACCGAGCACAGUGCAGAUUGCAACACGAUGCCUACAGAUCAGUCUUAUGUCAGCAGAUUGUGCAAAUCAAGCUCUGAAAGUCACGUGACCAUCUCUAAAAACAAAAACUAAAAAUCUCUUUUUGCCAAAGUAGCUCUUUGCUAACAGACUCGUAGCUCAGUUGAGACGAAGAAUUUUUUCACAUUUGUAAAACUUUCGUCAGUGGAUAACAUCUCGCCAUUCACGUUCUUUGUUAAGUAAAACUACAUUUCAGGUAGCUCGGAAGUGUAGCUCGCCAUCUUUUGUGAAAGGAUUUUGAACGUAUGGGUGGUAAUAAGCCACAUUACUGGUUCAUGUAGCCGGUACACGUGUUGAGAAGCCGUCACGUACUUCAUGAAGCCGUUACGCCCCUCGAACCUUUCGUACGCCUUCAUCGCUCCUUCGAGUCUGCAACGUGAGCUGAAAACCUUGCAUUAUUCAUCUGUGUUCUUACAGGAGUCGCUCCCUCUGCCAUGUUAAGCCUUAAGUUAACGCAUCUGAGGUUGACCUGUUCACACGCGCGUCCUCUCCGUGUCUUACGCCAUAACGACUUCAAACCCCCGGGAGUGCCCCCCGAAUGUGAUCUUUCCACACUGGACAUCGGAUCAGGUUUAGUCGGUGGGAGAAGAGAAAUUGUGCCUGAAACUUUUGUCAACAAUCAAUGUGAAAAAGAGCAAUCAGAUCUAUGUUUUAUAAUUAUUUUGUGUACAGCUCCAUUUAGGGUAGACGUCAAAAUCUAUAUACAUAUAUAUAUAUAUAUAUAACCAUGUAUUUUUCGCGUGGCUGUUUUACUGACGCAAAGCUUCAGCUGCUGUAAAUAAAAACAAGGAAAAGAGUAAAUGUGUCAAACAUAGGCACAGAAUGUGGAUGACUGUUGUUACGAUGCUUGUUACUGUAAACGUUACAUGAACCUUGAAGAAUGACGCAGCCUGAAUUAUGUGCGUAGCCGGAAUCUUCCUCUUGCUCCUGAAACGACAAAUUAGCAAAACUGUAAUUGCCUGUACUUUUUUACUAUGAAGCUCAUCGGAGGGCCGUGACGCCUCGCUGUUGUAACUCCAUUUCCUCGUAAUAGUGGGUCCGUUUUUUUGUUUUUGUUUGUUUGUUAGUUUUUGUGGUGACCGGUUGUUGUCAUGCUCUUGGAGGGGAAAGAAGGCCAAGGCGUCUACAUCAGUGUCUUCGUCAAGAUCGUUCCUGUGAUUUGAGAAGUGAGACGGAUGAACUAUUCCUUUUUCAAGUUCUCGCUUUUGUUAUGACCAGGAAAUAUGGAACCCUACGUUACUCAAAAGUAACAUCUUGGAACGAAUCCUAAAACAUCUCACUGAUACUUCUUUCUCAAAAGCCCCUGAAAAGCUUUGGAAAAAGGUUUGAAAUCACAAAUAUUUCAAUUUCAAAUGUAGAUCUUUCGAUCUUAUUUAAAGAAAUAGUUUGAUACUUAUUUGCUUCCUUAUUGUGUGUUGGGUGAGACGCUCAAUACCACUCAUGUGUCCGUACAGUAAAUUCUGAUCUACAGCCAGGAGCUGGUUGGCCAGGAGCUGGUUGGCCGGGAGCUGGUUGGCUGAGCUUAGCAUUAAAAACUGGAAACAAGGGCUAAAACUAGCAUGGCAAGGUAGCUAGGGCGUAAAGUUAGCUUUGCAAGACCUUAGUUAAAGGAAUAGUUUGACACUUACUUGCUUCCUUGUCGGGUGAGACGCUCCAUACCGCUCUUGUGUCCGUACAGUAAAUUCUAAGCUACAGCCAGAAGCUGGUUAGCCAGAAGCUGGUUUGUUGAGCUUAGCAUCAAAAACUGGAAACAAGGGUUUAAGCUGGCAUGACAAGGAAGCUAGGGGUAAAAGUUAGCAUGACAAGGAAGCUAGGGGUAAAAGUUAGCAUGACAAGGAAGCUAGGGGUAAAAGUUAGCAUGACAAGGAAGCUAGGGCGUAAAGCUAGCAUGGCAAGAUCUUAGUAAAUGGAAUAGUUUGACACUUACUUGCUUCCCUAGCAUGUGUUGGGUGAGACGCUCCCGCUCUUGUGUCCGUAAAUCCUAAACUAAAGCCACAAGCUGUUUGCAGAGCUGAGCAUUAAAAAAUGGAAAACAAGGGCUAAAGCUAGCAUGGCGAGGUAUCUGAGGCUAAAAGCUAGCAUAGCUCUGCGCAAAGGUAACAAAAAUCCACCUAAGGAACUAGCCGGAGUUUCAGAGAAACAAACUCUGUUUUCCAGUCUUUGCGCUAAGCUAACUUGUGUGCUAGCCCAGGUUCCAUAUAUACUGCUCAAGACCACGAGUGGUAUCAAUCUUCUCAUGUGACUUUUCUUGGAAAAGCUUAUUUUUGCCAACACAUGUCAAACUAUGACUUUAAAAAUGGAUGAACUCUACGGUUAUUUAGUUAGUUGACUCUCAAAAGACGCAGCUGAUCUUCUUCGUGGAUGUUGUUGUUCGAUCGGAUCACGGUGACACUGCUCUGACGAAUACAAACAUCUGUUCAAAGUUUGGCAGAAGCGGUCGUGUUCAUGUUGAACUCUGUCUCUUUGUAAGAAAAAGAAAAAUGGUUGAGAAAAUGGGUUUUUGAAUAAUGGAAUCACAACUUUAGAAAACCUCACAGAUUUCACAUUUAAACUGGUUUAUGUAUAUAGAUAUUUCCCCACAUCAGGUUUUUGUUGAACUAAAUGCUUUUUUUUAUUUUAAUUUUUUUAUUUUUCUUGCAUACACUCACAUCAAUGCACUGUUGUUUUCAAGAAAUGUUACCAGUCUGUUUUCCGAUGUUUGACCGCCUGUGUGUUAACACCUUCACAUCAAAUCAAGAGUGGUGGCUUUAUUAAUUAAUUUAUUUUUUUUUAACUUUUACAGCUUCUUCUUUUCUUUAUCCGAAAGAUAUUUGCUUCUUUCUUUUUUCUACACGUCUCGGGCCGUUUGUGCUCAGGCUGAGGUUCGUGAUCCACUUCCGACCGACUCGAGUGUCCAUGUUCGUUUUAAAAUGUCUCGCUCGUCGCGUGGUUCUGUACGUUAAAUGUCCUUGUUGACUUUUCCUGCCGCAGUCGGUGUCGGUGUGAAACUUUCCCAAAAAGAAAAAGUAAAAAAAAAAAAAAAAAAAUGAAUCAAUGGUGCCUUUUGUUUGUAAACCAAAAAAAGAAGGAAUAAAUGUUUAAUCCUC